AUGAUGCAAUCUACAUGGGAGAUAGAGGAAGCGAAAGCUAAAUUGGAGAGAGCAAAGAAAACGAGAAUGGAACUGCUACAGGAGGCAAGACGGAGUGAAUGUGCACAAGGUUGUAACGGCGAUUGGUUAAGUUGUGCUGAAGAGAUUCUUCACAAUAAUGGCUUAUCAGUAGAGUACUUCGGCGAAGUCGUACGCGAUCUAUUUCCGAAAUAUAAUGCUAACAGGUCCAGCAAAUUGUGGGAAAACGUUUCUCCUCAACCCUCUCACACUUAUUUUCAACACCUUUUGCAACCCAGCUUCGGGCACUUUCGCAUGGAUUGGGGCGGAAACAGCAGAGUGUAUCUUUCUCAAUGA